AGAGGACGAGGCGGGCGGAAAAAGAGACAUUUGAGCCAACUGGUCCCGGGCUCCCGAGAACGCGGGGCGGGGAUCCCAAGAAAGGCGGGCGCUUGGGGCGGGAUGUUACCGGUGGGCUGGACCUUUCGGGAUUGGACUGAAUGGGGUAUCGGUUUGACAGUUUAUACCCGGAGAUCCGGACUGAGUUCGUUGAUGAGCUUGGGCCUCCCCGGAGGGGAACUUCGUUAAGCCGAAGCUCACGGUGGGAGGAGGCGAGUCGCGCGGCUUCUGAUUGGAAGAACCGCGCUGUAGGAUUCUUUCCUUUGAGAUCCAAUUUAGGCGAUCUGAUAGGAGGGAGGACUGUUAGUCGGAGUAAUUCUUUAGGAGCUCUUGCUUGGUGGGGCGAGGAUCACAGAGGAAUCUAGCGGAAACGGAGCCUCCCGGGACCGGGAUCCCACUGGAUCCCGAGAACCUCAGGGAGGCAUCUACAGGGACAAAGGUCCCCGGAGGCUCGAGCGGUGGGAGAGCUGUGACCUCCGCCAUCCAGUCUCGCGGCAGGUGCCAGGCAGGGCCCGAGUGAUCAAGAAGCCUGCAGCGGGAGAACCCUGCUCCGAGCGGCCAGCCGGGGGCGCCCUUUCGAAGAAGGGCCUGUGGCCUACCCGGAGCCGCCGGCGGACUAUGAAGGGCGGAGUCCUGGGGGAGGAGCUGGCCCUCACUCCCCACUCCCCUGCUCCCCGCUUACCCCAGGCCUCAGCCUGGGACCCCCCAGGGACUCCCCGGAACCGCCGCCUGCCCCAUGGACUUGCCUGGGAACUCCAGCCCUUCUAGACAGCCAAGCCUGUGCCGUCAGCCCCUAGCUAGAGCAUUAUGGGAAGCCAGGAGCCCGAAAAGACCGAGGCUGCAGCCCUUGGGGACCCCUUCAUCCCUGGAAAAAGCCUCUCGACGUGUCUUGGCCGUGGUGCUGGAAGAUGUCAUGGCUACACACAGGGUCCCCUUGGCUUACCAAGAGGACACCUCCAGCCCACUGAAGCGCAGCAGCCAUCAGGAGUCUGUCUUCACAGAGUUGCCUGCUUUACUGCCCCAACAGGUCAAGUGGCCCUUGCAAGCCAGGCCUGACCCACUGCAUUUGUGCCGAGAACCCUUGAGUCGUGUCCACCAGUCCUCUCCCACCUCAAGGAUGAGAUCAAGAACAGCCCCUGGCCCAGACAGUCUAUCACAGAAGACCGGCCAGGACCCACAACCCACCCUGGUGGUGGUACUGGAAGACAUUGCCAGUUCCAGACAACCAGCUGAGGGUUUCACUGAAGAUGGGCCCAACUUCAUUGUCCCAGCACAAAGCAGCUUCAGAAGCCUUAAGGGCCAGGGGAAGCACUGGCCUAGGAGGGACCUGCACUUGGAAGCACCCCCAACUCUCACUUCGUCCCGUCACCCCAGAGCUGAGCCUAUGACGAAAGUUCAUCAGCCAGUGCCUACACCCAGUGCAGUAGAACCUCCAUUCCGACCGUCCACGCUGCCUGCAGACCCUCCAGAGAGCCCAGCACCAGCUGUUGAUCCUGUUCUGGAGGUGCCAUUGACGCCACCGCCAUCCAGCCUUUUACGCCCCCGUCUCAGUCCAUGGGGCUUGGCCCCUCUCUUCCGUUCCGUCCGCUCAAAACUUGAGAGCUUUGCUGACAUCUUCCUCACGCCCAACAAAGCUCCACAACCUCCACCACCAUCACCACCCAUGAAACUGGAGUUGAAGAUUGCCAUCUCGGAGGCUGAGCAGGCCAGGGCUACUGAGAGAAUUGCGUCCGUCAGCCCCCGGCCACCUAUCCGCCAAUGGCGGACUCAGGACAAUCCCCCGGCACCUGUCCCUAAGUUACCUCUGGGCCGAAGCUACUCCUGUCCUGAUCUGGGCCCCCCUGGCCCAGACAGCUGCCCUUGGCCUCCUGUUCCAUCCCAGCCAAGCCAGUUAAGGCCCCGGAGACAUACUGUGGGUUGUGGGGAGAUGGCCCGGACCCCACCACCUCCUCUGCCCUGUCUCCGGAAAGAGGUCUUCCCUCUUGGAGGAGUGGGAGCCUCACCUGCUCUCACUCCAUCUUCCUCAUCCACUGCACCCACUUCCUUCUUCUGCGAACCAGCAGAACCCAGAUUGGGUUCAACCAAAGGGAAGGAGUUAAGAGCCUCAAAGGACAAGGUGUUUUCUGACCCAGAGACCAAGGCCUUGGGAAAGGUUUCUAGAUUCAGAAUACGGAGAACACCUGUUCGGCUACAACCAAACCUUACACCAAUGGGGCUGCCUCGACCAAUCAGGUUGAAUAAGAAGGAGUUUACUCUAGAAGAAAUUUAUACCAAUAAGAAUUACCAAUCACCCACAGCCAGAAGGACCUUUGAGACUAUCUUUGAGGAACCACGAGAGCGCAAUGGAACUCUGAUUUUUACCAGCUCUAGGAAGCUCCGACGGGCUGUAGAAUUUCGGGAUAGUAGCCUUCCUCGAUCCCGGCGACCAUCACGAGGGAUCCGUACUGCAGCAAGCAGAGCCCUUACUCUCAACCUGGCGCCCAGUCAGGAUGUGGGGCCUCUGUUGCAAGCACGGCUGAAGGAGCUGGAUGCCUUGCUCCUGGAGGAGGGGCUGGGCAGGGACCAGCCCUGUCAGCUUUAGGAGCUCCAGCUGUUUCUCCAUCUGCCCUUCAGGGAAGGGGAAAAUCUCUGCAUCGAUUAUAUUUUUUCUCUAUAUUUCUU